UACCGCUCCCGGUGACGCCGCGCGCCGCCGGCUCAGUUGACAAAUAAGUAGUCUGCCCGCGGCCGGCUCUGCCCAAUCUCACGACCGCCUGCCUCCCGACCCGACCGCGCACCGCGACCCGCUCCGCAUCAUGUCCCUCCUGGUGCUGGCCGUGGUCGUGCUCGCCUGCGCCCGCUACGGGCCGCGCGCGUUCCGCGUCCUCUCCGGCAUCGUUCGCACCAUCUGGAAGUCGAGGACCAUCCCGGGCCCCGUCGAGGGAAUGCUCAGCUUCUACGGCUCCACCGACGAGUUCAUCCACAAGGUGCGCGCCACGUCGCAGCGCUUCGGCAACACGGUGCGCAUCUGGGCCUGGCCCGUCGUCUGCAUCUUCGUCAGCGAGCCCGAGGACCUCGAGGUCAUCUUCAGCAGCCCGUACCUGCAGUCCAAGGCGCCCAUCGUGUACGACGCGCUGACGCCCAUCCUGGGCAAGGGGCUGGCCACUUUGAACGGCGCCGAGCAUCGCAAGCACCGCAAGGCCCUGGGCCCAUCGCUGCACUUGGAGAUCCUGCAGGGGUUCGUGCCCAUCUUUGAGCACAACGCACAGAAGCUCUGCAAACAGCUCGAGGCCUACGCAUCGACGGGCUCCACGUUCAACGUGAGCCCGCUGCUGGGACGCUACUCCGCUCAAGGAAUAUGCGAGACCGUGUUCUCGACGGAGACAUCGCCCGGGCUGGCCGAGGAGCAGGAGAACUUCAUCAAGGUGCUCAUCGAGGCGUCGGACUUGAUGUUCUACCGGCUCACCCGUCCGUGGUACAGCCCGGACUGGCUCUUCUACUUCUCGUCCCAGUACAAGGGCUACAUGGGCGCGGUGAAGGGCUUCGAGUCGUUCGUGUCCAAGACCCUGGCGCACAAGGUGGAGCUGGUGAAGCGCGGCGUCACGCCCAAGGAGGGCAAGCGCAAGGCCUUCCUCGACCACUACCUCACGUCCGACGAGGCCAAGGUCCUGACGGAGCGCGAGCUGAUCGAGUCGCUCAAGACGCUGAGUGCCGGCGCCGUGGGCACCUCCAUGGACCUCAUGUCGUUCUUCUUGCUCAUCAUGGCCAUCACGCCCGACGUCCAGGACAAGGUCGCCAAGGAGCUGGACGACGUGUUCGGCGGUUCGGACCGGCCCAUCGAGCCUGGCGACCUCUCGCACCUGCCCUACCUGGAGUGCGCAGUCAAGGAGACUCUACGGAUGUUCCCCCCGCUCUUUGCCUUUUCGCGGAUAGCUAAGAGGGACGUGAAGCUGCCAUCCGGACAUGAGCUUCCCAAGGGCUGCGUGGUCACCGUCAUGCCCUACACAACUCACAGAAACCCCAAGUAUUUUCCUAACCCGGAGAAGUUUGACCCCACCCGCUUCAUGCCCGAGAACAGUCGGGAGAGACACCCGUUCGCUUACAUCCCGUUCAGCGCUGGCAUGAGGAACUGCAUCGGACAGAGGUACGGGAUGAUGUCCGCGAAGAUAGUCGCCUCGACCAUCCUCCGGAAGUACAGAAUCUUGCCGUGCCCCAACGGCCCCCAGAGGCUGGAGGACUUCGUGGUGGGUGUCGGAGUGACGUUCGGACUAAGGGACGGCGCCCACAUUCGCGUCGAGAGAAGACUGAAAAGUGAUCUGAAGCGUCGGGGGUGAGAGUGCCGGUGCCACGAGGCGACCGCAAGCUCACGAUUUUUUUUCUCUGUGAUAUUACUAUAAAAUAAUAAUUUACGACAUAUUUUAAAAACAA